AUGCAUUAUCUUAGUUACAUCUGUCAAAUUCAAGCAUCAACAUUUAACAAUGAUGAAAGUGAAAUGGUAGAUCUUGAUUCUAUUCGUGAGUUUAUACCAAGUUCACAAGAUCAAUUUUAUCAUCAACAAUAUCGACGAGCCUCAUUACGUUAUCAUCCACAUAUUCUUUAUAAAAAAGCCAGUCUUAAACCGAUACUUGGUCAAAGUGGAAAAAUUGUAUUGAGCGAACGAGAUCGUUAUUAA